AUGAUCGGUGUCCCAGGAGCAGGUGUAGAGGAGCAGCGGAAUUUGAUGGAGAACAGUGUCCGAGAAAUGAUCGAUCACGCCUACAGCAAUUACAUGGAUGUCGCCUUCCCGCACGAUGAGCUGAAGCCCAUAGCAAAGACUUACACCGACUCUCUAGGCGAGUUGGGAAAUGUGAAGGGACUGGCAGGCAACAAGGGCUAUUCCGGUGUAGCGCUGACGCUCAUUGACGCACUCAGCACCCUGGCUGUGAUCGAGGAUGCCGCCAGGUUCCAUGAAGCUGUAUCCUGGCUGACCAAGAAUCUGUCGUUUGAUGUGGAUGUGCGAGUGAAUGUCUUUGAGGCGAACAUCCGGCUGCUGGGCGGUCUGCUCAGUGCGCACCUUUUAGCAGCCGAUCCCGUGCAUGGGCCAAAACUCAUGCCUGAGGGCGCCUACUCUGGCGGCCUGCACGGGGUGUUUCAGAACGAGACUGAGGUUGAGACAAACACAGCUGCAUGUGGAUCCUUCACUAUAGAGAUGGGAGUGCUGUCUCGGCUGACAGGGUUGCCACAGUUUGAGUACCAUGCCAAGCGCUCGCUGCAAGUGCUCUGGUCGAUGCGCACACCCCUGGGCUUGUUUGGGACCGCCCUGGACAUGCAAAGGGCAGUCUGGCUGGACCCCAAUGGCGGCAUUGGUGCAUCUGCCGACAGCUUUUAUGAGUACCUGCUCAAAGCCUACAUCCUCUUUGGGGAGAUGGAGUACUGGGAAAUGUUUCAAGCUGCAUACACAGCAGCCAUCAGACACUACAGGGAUGGAACAUGGUACCCACAGGCAGACAUCUGGAUGGGCGCACACACCCACCUGCAAUUCACCUCCCUGCAAGCCUUCUGGCCAGGCAUGCAGGUGCUGGCCGGUGAUGUAAAGGCGGCUGCUGAGAGCUUCGCAGCUUUCUUUGGCGUGUGGCAGCGCUUUGGCUUGCUGCCUGAGCGGUAUCUGUAUGGCGGAAACGGUGCCCUGCACUCCACCGAGCAGUACUACCCUCUCCGGCCUGAGCUCAUGGAGAGCGCCUUCUACUUGCAUCAGGCGACAGGGGAUGUCGCGUACAUGCAAGCUGGGCAGCACAUGCUAGAGAGCCUGAAUAGGCACGCCAGGGUGGAUGGGGGCUACGCCAGCGUGCGCAGCGUGGGCAGCAUGGAGAAGGAGGACCACAUGCACUCCUUCUUCCUGGCAGAGACCUGCAAGUACCUCUUCCUGCUCGCCAACGACUCUUUCUGGAAGGGGGGAAAUUAUGUCUUCACAACAGAGGGCCACCCAAUCCCGGGCGUGAGGAGGGUGUAUCAUGUGCCGCUUGAGUGGGGGACGCUGCAUGCCAAUGCGUCUGCGCUGGACGCACUCGUGUGCCCAGACUUCACGCAGGUUAGCACGGUGGAGAGUACAUGCCACAUCAGGGACAGGAAUGGUGAUGGGUCAUGCGGUGCAAAUGAGGACUGUGGCGUGGAUGGGUCGUCAUGCAGACAGCGCAGCUGCAGCGAACAUGGAUUCUGUGUGGCGCAGCGGGAUGUUUUGGUCCAGCACAUCAACCAGCCAAUAGUUAUCCACCAGGCCGGGCAGCCAGCAGUCCAUAUGCAAGGCAUGCAGGUGCAGGGGCUUCAGGUGCAGGAAGUGGCGGGGCAGGAGGCGAUGCAGGGCUUCAUGAAAAUCAUCUUGCAGGUGCAGCAACACCUGCAGCAGCGGCUGCCGGCUUCUUCCGGAGGCAGCGGAACCAUGCAGCAAGAGAUGUAAAUGACUCAGGAAGCAAAGGAAAUGACCGCCCGCAUGUGACUGCAUUCAGUCCCGCUCUAUCAGGAAAAUGCAGUGCAAUUUUGACAGGACCAAUUGGAACUGAACGGAUUUGGACCUUUAAGAAAUGCGUUUGAAUGCUCUCCAGGAGUUUGUCAGAUGAAUCUGUAGAAUCAAUUCUCUACAACCAGCACCUGUACC